CGCAGAAAUUCAAGGCAGCACAGGAAUUUCCAGGAGACUGCUGCGACUGAUAAGAAAAGCAUGGCCACAGAGACGAUGGCGAUUUUCACGUUGACGUCACCUUUGCUGAAGCUUCUCAAGCGCUCUGACUUUGUAGAAUUUCAGAGUCUCCAUCAUUGUGUACAGAUAUACCAUCAUGCAUCAUUAACCAAGUUUGGAAACUCAACAACCAUUAAUAGAUGCCACAGGUAUUUUGAUGGUUCUAGGGAAUCAAGUACCCAUAGCUUCUCUAAGCAAUAUCUGCGACAUUUAGCCAAAUCAGUAUCUGCUGUUCGUUCAGUUACUAUAUCAGGUUUGGAGGCAUCGAUAGCAGAUCCAGAGGAAAAUGCAGUACAUGUUAAAAAUGCGAAGAUUGUUGUUGAGUCUCGAGAUGAUGCUAAGCUACAAGUAAGCUUGCAAGAAUAUCAGCUCUUGUACAUUGCCUAUGUGGUAUAG